AUGAUCAGACUGAGAGACGGGGAAGGCACCUGGGAGCUGCGGGUGGACCUACAAGACUUUAAUGCUGGAAACUAUUUUGCUAAAUACAAAUCUUUUAAAAUUAUGGGAGAAUCUGAGAAAUACAAAUUGAUACUCGGAGACUUUGUGUCUGGUACUGCAGGUGAUUCUCUGAGAAAUCAUAAUGGGAUGAACUUCACCACAACAGACCAGGACAACGAUGCAUUCCCCAAUAACUGUGCCCAGCGGUUCAAGGGGGCCUGGUGGUACAAUGGCUGUCACUGGGCAAACCUGAAUGGACAGUACCUUCCUGGGAAGCACACUACCUUUGCUGAUGGCAUUAACUGGUUCACUGGCAAGGGGCAUAAUUACUCCUACAGACAGUCUGAGAUGAAGAUUAGACUGCUGUGAUAACGCAGAGAGACGCUUCCUACAAUGACCCUGAUUGUAUGUGACAUAUAACUGCUGUGAUUGGCUGUUACUGCGCUAUAAUGAGAAUAAAUCAUACAGUGAUAUACGCAUCUA